AUGCAAUUAUGCUCAAGAAAAGACUUGAGGGUUCCUCAUUCGCCUAUCAUCACUGAAAUUCCCUUAGAACAAGAAGAGCAAAUAGAAGUUCACCCUCAAGCCACCAAGUCUACUCCAAUAAGACAACCUAAGCCAACACAAACAGUUGAGCAAGAACUUCCAUUUCCUCAAAGAUUAGCAGUAAAAGAAUCUGCAACAAUACCAGCCUUUGAUUUUUUAGAUCAACUUAAACAUGUUUGCGUUAAAAUACCCUUAUUUCAGGCCAUAAAAGAUGUACCCAUCUAUAGUAAAGCCAUAAGGGAAAUGUGCCUAAAGAAACCAGACAAGAAAAGGAAGGACCCCCAAAUUGUUCAUGUAAUGGGUCAAUUAGUAGAUAUCAUAUUGGGGAAAGUAGCAAUUCCUAAGUAUUUUGACCCUGGCAGUCUAAUAGUAGAAGUAACCAUUAAUGGGGUUUUGGUUAAAAAUGCUCUUAUAGACUUGGGGGCGGACAUAAAUGUAAUGACCAAAAGCCUGAUGCAAAAAUUAAGCAUCAUGAAUCUAAGGCAUACACCCAUUAUGUUACAAUUGGCCGAUAGUUCAACAUUUACACCAGAUGGAGUUGUACAAGACCUUAUUGUUACCUUGGAUUCUUGGGAAUAUCCAAUAGAUUUUUUGAUUUUAUCACCUAAAGCUACUCUGGGGGGGAAUCCUGUUAUAUUGGGGAGGCCAUGGAUAGCUACUGCAAAUGCCUAUACAGGUUGCAAAUCUAGAGAUAUGACCAUUUCAAAUGGUAAUACCACUAAGAAGCUUAUCCUUUUUCCUCUAGCUAAGCCUAAUGGAGAAAAUGAUCCUCCAGUUUGGCUUGAUUUGGGUGAUGAGGUUGAGGGAGUCAAUUCUCUUCAAUCACUUAUGAUGAUUGGUAGGAGUUCUAUUUUGCAAUUGCAAGAAGAAUGA